UCGCUCGCACAAUUGAAGAUGCUAUAGGCGGGGCUAAUGGCAAACACCAGAAAACCCGAUCGAUAUUUGUGAAUCUGCAAGGACAAGUUCUUGCCUGCAGACCACGGAAAGGGUGCGCUAUCGAACGCGACGCUUUCACCGCCUUUGUCUUCUCUCCCCUUUCCUCUCUUCAUCCGGUCGGUCCGGAGGAGGAGGGGCGGCGACCUAGCCCCUCUCUCUCUCUCUCCCUCCUCCCCCACCCCCGCACCCGCAAGGUUUGUCGCCGUUCUCCGCCCGCUGCCCCUUCUCCUGGUUUCCUCUAUUCCUUCAUCCAUCGGUCGACCGGUACUUCUUUCUUUCCCUCCCCUCGCCGUCUGAUCCUUCGUAGUUAUAGAUGCCUCCUUUCCUUGCUUAGCUCACGAUGCCUCACCCAGUCCAAGCCUCAGCCUCAUUGAUCUCUUCCGGGGUUGCUUACACGGCCUCAUGCUAUGAGAUAUUCAUGAAGACAGUUGGAUCAACCUUUUCACCAUGUGAGGCAAUUCAAGAUGAAGCUGGCGUCUCUUCAUAUAGUGCAGAUGGUUGUUUUGCCUCAGAAAAUGAAUUUGCAUUGUCAGCUGGUGAAGAACAAUCUUCAGAAGCAUUUAUGUGCAUCGGUGACAUCCACAAUGUCAAUUCGUCGGCACACAGAAAUGAAGAUGGGCACUUUCCUCAUGGGAAUGCAGCAGAGGUUCGUGGUCCUUCAUCUGGCUGCAUGUCACUCACAACUACAAGAGUGGGUAGCUCGGUCUUAGCUGAAAAUAGCUCCAUAUCUGCUACUGAUAGUAGCAGUGGUACUCCAGCUUGCUACAUAUCAGAAAAUGAAUCCUUGGGAAAGGUUUCCCUUGGAUAUUCACCUACAGUCACUGUAAGCGGAUGGAUGUAUGUAAAUGAUCGUGGACAAUUGUGUGGUCCAUACAGUCAAGAACAGCUACAUGAAGGCUUGUCAACUGGUUUUUUGCCAGGAGAGCUUCCUGUCUAUCCCGUUGUAGGUGGAGGCCUUGCAUUUUCAGUGCUGUUGAAAUCACUUAUGCCAAUCUCGGAGUGUACUGAUCCAAGUGCUCAAUGCUGUAUGGCAAAUGUGUCAACUUCAUCUCAGACUGAAGGCAUGGGUCCUGUCAAAGUGUCUCCCACUUCCAGCCAAACUACUGGCAUGCAAAACGAGGUUGCUGCUGCUUCUUGUUUUUCUACUCAAAUGCAUGUGCAGGCCCAGUCAUCCUCUUCAGUUAAUUCCCUUGAGGUAGAAAAUCAGUCACAUCAUAUGGAUUGUACUUUGAAAGAAAACGAGAUCAUGGGAGCAUCUGCUGUCCGUAAGUCAGUGGCUGUUGACGAGACAUGUUGGAUGCUUCAGGAUGGAGAGGGCAGAAGUCAUGGGCCAUAUUCUUUGACUGACCUCAAUUAUUGGCACUCCACAGGAUAUCUUCAGGAUUCCUUGAUGGUCUACCAUGUGUGUGGCAGCUAUGAAUCAACUUCUCUUGCUUCAAUAAUCAGCAAAUGGAGCACAAACAAAACAGCUAUGGAUCCUGAACUGCAAGACUUUUCUCAAGAGACAAGUUCAUCAUUGCCCAUGUUAGCUACUGUUUCUGAAGAUAUAUCUGCUGAACUUCAUACUUUAAUCAUGAAAGCUUCUCGGCGUGUAUUGCUGGAUGAGAUAAUAAAUGCUGUUGUCCAAGAAUAUAUAGUUUCCGAAAAGCAUCUGACAAAGAAUAAAGUAGAGUAUUCAAGCCAGCGAAAUGUUAAAAUCUCUAACUUCAGCAACAAAAGGUCCAAACUUGUUGGUAAAGUCAUCUCUGGCUCUGAUGUAGAUUCAAGUGGUGUCAUGUCUAGCACUUCCCAUUCUAAAAGAUCUCCCAGGCAUGACAAAUCCGUUAUGAAUACAGAAAAUUUACGUGGAAUAUUACUAAUAGCUCGAGAAGUGUAUGUGGAAGCAUGCAAGCGUGUAAUUUGGGAUUCUGUAUUUUCUGAGGCUGUCGAAGAUUGUAUUGGUCGAUGGCGUAAGAAAAAGCUGUGGUCAAGACAGUCACAUAGGGCUAGGACCAUGGUUUCUCUUCAGUCCAAUCUGGCUCAGAUGAAGUCAGAAUCUACUGGAUCUGAACCGAACUGGCAAGCAGGCUUCAAACUAAUAGCAGGCACAGGAAUACAUCAAGGCCAUUCAAAUGUAAGCUCAGAAGUUAGGCCUGCUGAUCACUUGCUAAGUGGAUUUUAUCCAGAAAAUGCAGCAGAACCCUUUCUGGAUCAAGGCAUAUGCCAAAAGAGCAUGCAAUAUGUUCGGGAAAAAGUGGAAUCUGCACUUCAUUUGUCUGUUGUUGAGUCUUUCCAUGAUAUUUAUCUUGACCUUGUCAAAUCAGAAGGCAUGAAUGCUUCAGCUGAUUUGAAUGCUAUGGACAUGGAUUAUGUUGUUGGCUCUUCUGCUGCUGCUUGCUUGUGUUCUCUGGAUUCUUCUGAUACUGGGUUUCUCUCUGGUGGAGCGAAUGUCUCUUUGGUUGGUCAAGCUGAUGGCUGUCCAAUGAUAACUGAUCUAUUUAACUAUCAGUGUCCAAAGCUACAUAGUAUCUGCUCGCCUUUGGUUGCUGCCUUUCAGAAAAUGAGUAUGCCUAUAUCUGAUGAUGUGGAAAAAGAAGAGUCUGAUGAGCCUUAUCCCCCUGGUCUUGAUAUAGACGUGAAGCCUGUCACAGCUCAGAAAAUUAAGUUCCAUCCUAUGAAAUCAUAUGCAAACUUCUCUGAGAUGGACAUGUACGUUGCAUUUGCAAUGUGCAGGCAGAAAUUACAUAAUGAUGUGAUGCAGGAGCUAAAACUUGCUAUACUGGAUGACAAGGUUCUAGAGAGUGGCUUGAGGUCACAGGGUAUUCUUAUGGAUCACAAUGAGGAUCCAUUGACUAAUGGCAGGGAAGAGUGUGUUCCUUCUGUUUCCUCUCAAGACAUACUAAAAUCACAACAAUUUCAAAGAGUGAGGAACUUGUCGGGAGCGCCUGCGGGAGCCAGUACAAAUACAUAUUUUCGGAAGAAAAAGUUAUCAAAGAAAAGAUCAAAUUCCCCACUCCAAGGAGGUGAGAUAAAGUUGUUGGUCCAUCCAUUGGACAGGACAGGAGAUUAUAGUACAGCUGGUGGAACAACUGAAAAAAGGGAAGUGGAUGGUACUCAUCUAAGUCAUUCCAAAAGGAAGAAAAUGAAAUUAAAAGUGGAUUCUGCAGCAAUUGUUCCUUCCAAAAGGAGGCAGAAUGUUGUAUCUAAAGAUGAUCUUGCUGUAACUGUUCCUCCGAAAAGGAGGCGGAAUGAUGGGUGCUUGACAAAAAGAGCUACUCAUCUCCCAAGGAAACCUGUUGCUGCCCAGCAGUUUUAUUCAACGUCACCCCCUUCUAUUUCAGAAGUUGCUGCUGCUUCCAAUCCUGGCAUUCUCUCAUUGAAUAAUGAGCCAUAUAUCAUUGGUCCUGAAGAUGAUUUAUCAAUUUCCAGGUCAUUUAGCUUGAAAGGAGGUGGUGUUUUAAUGCAAAAAAGUGCUGUCGAUGAAAAAAAAGCCUCUGUGAAUAAAUCCAUCAAGUUCAAGAAAAGACUUGCUCAGCAGGGCUCCUCAAAGCCAUUGUCCAUGAAGGUGCCGCAUUUGGUUAAAGAAGCGUCAUCUGCCACAUCACAGGACCAAGGGUUAACUGUCUUGACUUGUCAAAAGAAAAAGGAAUUACUGAAAAAGAAGGCAAAGCCACAUAAAGGAAGAAACAUGCUUUUAUGCCCAAAAUCAGAUGGCUGUGCACGGUCUUCCAUUGAUGGCUGGGAAUGGCGUAGAUGGUCCACAAAUGCCUCUCCGUCUGAAAGAGCUCGUGUUAGAGGGGCAAAAUGUUCUUCUCCAGUUCAGAUACCGGGUUUUGAAGUUACUGUAAAUCAGAGCUCUAACAGUAAAGGCUUAUCUGCAAGAACUAACAGAGUUAAGCUGCGAAAUCUAGUGGCUGCUGUGGAGGGUGCAGAGCUACUCAGAGUUACUCAGUUGAAGGCAAGGAAAAAACGUCUACGCUUUCAAAGAAGCAAGAUUCAUGACUGGGGAUUGGUUGCUCUUGAGCCAAUUGAACCUGAGGAUUUUGUGAUUGAGUAUGUGGGGGAGUUGAUCCGUCCUCGGGUGUCUGACAUACGGGAGCGACUCUAUGAAAAAAUGGGAAUUGGUAGCAGUUAUCUUUUUAGAUUAGAUGAUGGUUAUGUGGUUGAUGCUACCAAGUGUGGUGGAAUAGCUAGGUUUAUAAAUCACUCGUGUGAGCCUAAUUGCUACACAAAAGUCAUAACUGUUGAGGGACAGAAAAAGAUAUUUAUUUAUGCAAAGAGACUAAUACAUGCUGGUGAGGAGCUUACUUAUAAUUACAAGUUCCCCCUUGAAGAGAAAAAGAUCCCUUGCAAUUGCGGUUCUCGGAGGUGCCGUCGCUCACUGAAUUAAGGUGUAAAUAAAUCAUGUGUGAUGCACCCGGAAUGCUUGGUUAUGGCUGCUGUCAUGCCAAACUGUGCACUUCCUAGUACGUGCUUAAUGAUAAGCAUUUCUUCGAGUUGAAUUUGUGCUGGGAGUCAUCGAAUGGAUAGCUUCUGAUUGGAUAGAAGUGUCUGAAACAUGUAAUGACUUCCUCAUUGGUUGAUUGCUUAUGAAGGAAGUCUGGGAUGCUUUUGUCUGUAACAUGUCUCCUGAGGCCGUACCCUUGGCUUGCUAUCAAUCUAUACUCAUGGAGCAAUUUUAUAGGGAAAGAUGGCCUCAGCAAGAAUUUGUGCGUUCAUCAUGGCUUUGUGGACCUCUCUUGAGCAAAGUUCAGAGUUGAAGAUCAUCACUCGAUUGUGAUUGUUGGAUCUCUAUGUAAACAAGUGAUCCGUUUCUCACAAUUUGGAGAUUUUGAACGGUAAUACGAGUGCUCUUGUUUGUGGGUUGGAAAUCUUGAGUUACCCUUUUGCAGAUGGAAGACAUAUUCUUCACGAUGUCUUUCUGCCUCGGGCAAUCCGGGUGUAAAGGAGCAAGACUAAGUGAACAGUAUCUCUGUGCAAUACGUGUUAACUUUCACUUUCAGAAUAAAAGCAAACCGUCUCAUCUUGCUAUCUACAAAUAUUGUGCAUAAUGCCUUGUUUGCCUUGGGAGGUGCUGCUUUAUUUAUCCAAAAGCUAUGUCGAUCUCAGUUUCUAGAGAGAGUGAACAUAAUGUGUUGUUUAAGUGUCCUCUACCGCAUGUACUAGUAAAGACCACUACUACUUCAUGGUUCCUUGACAAACAAAAUUCCAACUUCACUCGUGUACUUCACUACCAGCUUGUUGGAUCUCGCCUCUGUGCCCUUGACUACCAGUAUUUUAUUUCUGGCCCAACGCUACCAGAGGACAUGCACUGCUUAGGUGGUGAGGAAUUUUUGUCUUCUAUGUCGUUCGUUGAUACUGGAUUUUUGAAUAUUUACACAUUUCAAGCCUCAGAAUUGUUAGGCAGAUUGACGGCAAUUGCUGUUCCCUGAACAGGUUACAUUUUAGCGUAGGUGUUUCCUCUUGGUUGCGAAGAGAAAGUGAAGCGUCCAAGUUUGUCGUUUAAAUACUUGGGAACUCUCACGAAACUCGCUUUCUUUUGGCUCCUAUCUUUUACAUGAAUUUAGUACGAAAACUGGUUUUUGACCAAAUUUUGUAUUUAUGGUAUAUUUCUUGCCUGCAGGAACUGUAAGAAAGGCUCAGUCUUAAACAAUACCAAAAUGCAUGGGCCUAUAGAGGGAAGAAAUUCUGGUGCUUUAUGGAUGGACAAUAAGCAUGUUCUCUUGUUACGGUCCUUAUGAUGGGAUAGUUAGUAGAUGGCAUUCUAUCAAGAUUUUCAUCGUACAACUGCCAUGCAAAAUAUAGCCAAAGGAAAAAAAAAAGGAGACGCCGCAUAAAGAUGAUAUACUUAGUUUCUUCUUGCAUAUUUUUGUUGAAGUAAAAUUUGCUAUUGGGAUGUAUUUUUUUUAUAUGAUUCAUAUUUUUGAGCAACUUUGAAUUAUGUGUUGUAGUACCACACUUCAUAUGGAAAUUUGCUAGGUGACUUUUCAAAUUUCUUGAAUUUGGUAGUUAGUUAAUUACUGAUACAUUUCCAUCUUGAAUGCAUCUGAUUUGUUCUA